AUGAAACAAGACAGUAAUAAGAGAAAUUUUCUUGAGAGGGGAGAAUAUGAUGGAUUUUCAAGCGAUGAUGAUUCUGAUAAUUCGAGUGAGAUGUCCUUUUCAUGUUCAGAUGAUAGCAUGUCAAGUGACAAACCUAUAAUGGAGAAUUAUGAUCCAAAACUUGAAAAAACUCUUAGUACUCUUACAGUUCUUAUUAAAUCAAAGAAACGUUCUUCGGUAAAUGAAGUUUAUGUUGAUAUUCCUCCACGAAAAAAAGUUUGUGGAUUGUAUAAAAAAGAAAUAUUAGAAAAUGAAAUUGUUUAUACUGAACAAGAAUGUUUAGAUGCUUUAAUGUCUACUGAUUUUAAUGAUACAAUGUCCGACAAUGAUUAUGAAAAAUUUUAUCUCGAUAAUUUUAUUUUUUAUGACAGUUUGGAUUGUGAGGUUGUGGAUUUUUUUCCGGAAAGAAGUACCGAAAGAAUUAUACUUUGGGAUGGUAAUAUUGUUGAAGGUGAUAAGAAUAUGUCAUGUCAAAGGACAAUUUUUAAAACAUUUUCAAUUAGUGGCUUCGGUUUGGAUGAAUCAAAUUUAGAAGUCAUGAUCCAAUCAAAUCUUAAUGAUAAAGUGUGGUACAUGCUUCGAACUCCACAAUCUAUGUAUCAUGAUCUUUGGAUUGCGUUUUUAUGGAAAGCACAUUUAGUGAAAUAUGUACUUGAUUAUUUAAAUAAUAAUCCGGAUGUCCUUUUUGAGGAUUUUAGAUUCGGCUUUUUUGACUGGAUAUCCCAACAUAGAAAAGAUGAUAGUAUCUUUCAAAAAUGGCUUAGUGAAGUCAACGGUAAUACCGAUUUCAGAUCUGUUGUUGCAAAUAAUAUGCAUUUAAUUUGGCAUGAAGCAUACAAUCUUGGUGAAGAUUAUUCGCGUUUGCCAUUCUUUACAGAUGAAUAUUGCCCCGCAAAAUAUUCUUGUAUUGAAGGUCAAAACAGAAUCGAAAAGACAGUUGUUACACCAAAAGUAUAUAAUUGGUUUCAUGAAUUAUUUCCGGAAUUAUUACAGCCCUUAGUGCCGAUUAGCGAAAGUGAAUGUAUCCCGAUGGUAUAUAUUCAGGAUGAUGAUGAAUUCAGAGAGAUUAAUCACAGGGGUCAAUUAUUAUUUGAGAAUCCGCUUGAGGAACCGCAUUGUUUUAAACAAGUUACAAUAGAUGGUAUAACUCUUAAAGUAGGAGAUACUGUUGAGGUUGAACCUACCGCUGGAUCCACUGAUGGUCGUUGGUUUUGGAAACUUGAUAAGGAUAUCAGCAUUAAUAAAUCAAGAGAAUUAUUUUUCACAUCUAAUUGUGAGUGCCAGGAGCCGUGGCCUAUUGAAAAUAUAAUUCGCAAGGUUGAUGUGCACUUUGGAAAAUCGAGUUGUCCAGGUUGUUCAAAUCUUGAUUAUUCCUUUUUCUGUCGUUAUCAAUACAGUUACGAAACUGAAGAUUCAUUCUUAUCUUUCCACCCUGGAAUACUUCCUAAAGAGGAUGGUUUGAUAUGCGGUUGUAAACGACCUGAACCUAACUAUUAUGAAGAAUUUACUGAAAAGUAUAAUGUUAAUGAUUGUAUUUUAAUAACGCCACUUAAAGGAGAUAUCUUGGAUUUAUACACAGUUUGUAGUAUUGAACGUUUCGAUUUAGAAAGAAAAUCUGUUUGGUUAAGACGAUUUUACAGAUGGAGUGAAACAUCUGUAAAACGACCUAAGGCACCGAUAAACGAAAUUUUAUAUUCUGAUUAUAUUUUUGAAUUUAAUAAAUUUGAACAUGUGAUUUGUCCUUGUCAUGUCGAAUUUGUUAAAUUUGGCAAAAAAAUACCCGUUAACCUUCAACAUCGUGAAUUACAACAACUUUCUACAAACUUUCCAAAAUAUUCUUUCAAAAUAGGAAACACUUAUAAGUUGAAAUGUCUUGAUCUAUUUUGUGGUGGUGGUUCAUUAGGUCGAGGAUUUGAAGAUGCAGGCUUUACACACUGUCAAUGGCAAGCUGCUAUAAAAACUUAUCGACAUAACCUUCAGCACGAUGAUAUUGAUAUAUUGAAUCAGAGUGUAAAUAAUAUACUCUCUGAUGCGAUUUUGGGCGCUCCAGGAGCUCGGGUUCCAUCUAAAGGAGAUGUUGAGAUAAUACUCGCAGGUUCCCCCUGUCAAGGGUAUUCUUAUAUGAAUAGGAAUCGACAUAAUCUCAAAUCAAAAAGAAAUAAUUCUCUUGUCGCUUCUGUUGUUUCUUUCGUGGAUUACUAUCAUCCACGAUACUUAUUAUUGGAAAAUGUUCGAAAGAUUACGUCCUCAGAAGUUUUUUAUCGAUUAAUCGGAUGUCUUCUUGAUAUUGGAUAUCAAAUCCGUUUUGGUGUAGUAUCGGCUGAUAGAAUGGGAUGCGCCCAAAAACGUUUUAGAAUGUUCUUGUGGGGAGCUGCUCAAGGAGAGGUUCUGCCAACAAUGCCACCGGUUACUCACAAAGGUUUAAAAAAGGAGACAUAUGAGGCAUAUGCAAGUUUUCCCAUGGUCUCAAUAAAGGAUCAUAUAAGUGACCUACCACCAAUUGGAGAAGGUGAUAUCUGGUACCCUUCAUUUCCAGAUCACAAAACUUAUCAAAUGAGCUUGAGGACCAAAGAAAUUCUUCGAAGGAUACCAACAUUUCCUCCAGCAAGAGAUUAUUAUUAUGCUCGAAAACAUAAAUUUAUACCUGAUAUACAUGCUGUACCAAGUUAUGAUGCUAAACUUAUAAAGUUUCCUAAAGUAGCACAUCGCUAUAAAUAUUGUCAACGGAUUGAUCCGAGUGGUUUAUUUCCAACAAUAUGUACAGUAAUGCGCCCUAGUGGAUAUUAUCCGGAAGCCGUUCACUAUAAGGAACCACGAAUGGUCAGUGUUCGUAAUUCCGUUCCACGUAAUGUUGCUUUUUCACUUGGACUUCAACUUGGACGUGCAUUAUGUGAUUCGAAACAUGAAAACGCAGCGAACGCUUUUCAAGAUAAUUGA